AUGGUAAAGACAAACCAUUCAGAGGUAUCUGAAUUCAUGUUGUUGGGAUUUUCCAAAUCUCAGAAUCUUCAGAUUUUAUUCUUUCUGGGAUUCUCUGUGGUCUAUGUAGGGAUUGUGUUAGGAAACUUCUUCAUCUUGGUUACUGUGACUUUUGAUUCAUGCCUUCACACACCAAUGUAUUUUCUGCUUAUAAAUCUCUCCUUUAUUGAUAUGAUCUUGGCUUCUUUUGCUACCCCUAAGAUGAUUGCAGAUUUCCUCCGAGAACAGAAGACCAUCUCCUGGUGGGGAUGUUAUUCUCAGAUGUUCUUCAUGCACCUCGUAGGCGGGAGUGAGAUGAUGUUGCUUGUAGCCAUGGCAAUAGGCAGAUGUGUUGCCAUAUGCAAACCUCUCCAUUACAUGACUAUCAUGAGCCCACGAGUGCUCACUAGCCUAUUGUUAUCUUCCUAUGCAGUUGGAUUUGUGCACUCAUCUAGUCAAAUGGCUUUCAUGUUGAAUUUGCCCUUCUGUGGCCCCAAUGUUGUGGACAGCUUUUUCUGUGACCUUCCCCUGGUCAUCAAGCUUGCAUGCAAAGACACAUACAUGCUACAGCUACUGGUCAUUGCCGACAGUGGCCUCCUGUCCCUAGUCUGCUUCCUCCUCUUGCUUGUAUCCUGCACAGUAAUUAUUUACUCCGUUAGGUACCGCACUGCUAGUAGCUCCUCUAAGGCCUUCUCCACUCUCUCAGCUCACAUCACAGUUGUGACUCUCUUCUUUGCCCCUUGUGUCUUUAUCUACAUAUGGCCCUUCAGCAGAUACUCUGUAGAUAAGAUUCUUUCUAUAUUUUAUACAAUUUUCACACCUCUCUUAAAUCCUUUUAUUUAUACACUGAGGAAUCAAGAGGUAAAAGCAGCUACUAAGAAGAUAAGGAAUGUAUACAUGUAUGUGUAA